AGAGUGAAAUAACGAGCUCUGUAACGAUGACGAAAUGUGACGAAUAAAGCCGCUUGACGAAGUCGCUUGGCGGUUGCCGCUAUUUUUUAUCCAGAGUUCCAUCUCGCGCUAGAUGGCGCGUGUUGCUGCUUUCGUGACAGUUGGAAGUCGAUCGAAGACAUCGAGGAGCGAUUGCAAUUCUCGAGAUCAACGGGGCAGCACGCUGUGCGUUUUCCGGACGAGCUAAAUAGGAUGCAAAAGUGUGUUUGUAAUAAAACGUAAACGCGCAGAUAAUAAUGCCGAAUAAUGUCAAACUGAUGAUGAGAGUCGAUUCGGCUGUUUAAUAAUGUGUCGUUUUUAACGCAUGCGUUGCAAAAUUGGAGAAUAGAACCCGCUGUUCGGGCAGAAUGAUGGAGGAACUGUUGAGUCAAGGUGCCUCACCAUCCAGCGACGGCAACUUUUCAGCAGGUGGCGAUGGCGAUCUCAAUUCAUCUACCAUAGUCAGUCUAGAUGAGAGAAUAUUGGACAUCACAUCGAGGACAUCGCAUUCUUUGAGCGUUCUCAGAACACCUCCGACCAAAAAAGCUAAACGAGUUCGAUUCUUUCGCAAUGGAGACAAAUAUUAUACCGGUGUGGUGAUGGCGGUUACGCAAGAGAGAUACCGCAGCUUUGACAGUCUCGCAUCUGAUCUAACACGUGCCCUCGUGUCGAGCGUGACUUUGCCAAAUGGCGUUCGAACGAUCUACACUAUGGACGGUCGCAAGGUGCAGAGCGUCAGCGAUUUGGAAGAUGGCAAGUGCUACGUGGUGUCCGGCCAGGGUGAAAUUUUCAAAAAGGUAGAAUACUCGGCAUCUAAGGUUCGCCGGGGAAGUUCUCUAUCCGGAUUGCCACAGUCGCCAGCAGCUGGCAGCGGCAGCGGUGGCACCGGCAGGCAGACCAGCGCCAUUCCGUUGUGUGUGAAAGCGCGCAUCGUGACGCUGAUCCGCCACGGUACCAAACCGCGCAAGGUAGUACGACUGUUGUUAAAUAAACGCAAUGCACCGAGUCUCGAGCACGCAAUGGAAGCGAUUACGGAAGCGGUGAAGCUUGACUCCGGGGCUGUGAGGAAGGUAUAUACAUUGUCGGGCCAGCAAGUUACGUCACUUGAGCAAUUCUUUGAGAACGAUGACAUCUUUGUGGCGUACGGUCCCGAAAAGUCUGUACAGGAGGAUUUCGAGUUGGAUUUUGAAGAGAGCAAAUAUGUACAAAGUUUUCGACGAUGUCCUUGGAGUUCUAAGCGACAGAGCGGUCCGAUGCCGCGAAUGCCAAGGAAAUCCGGCAAGAAGAUACUCACCACGCCGCAAAUCAGAACUCCCAGUCCGUCGUCCUUAAUACUGCCGCAACCUUUGAGGUUGCACUAUACCGUAGGACCUGUGAUCGGAGAUGGGAAUUUUGCCGUAGUUCGACAAUGCGUCCAUAAAUUUACUGGUGACGCGUAUGCUAUGAAGAUCGUGGAUAAACACAAAUGUCAAGGAAAAGAAACAAUGUUGGCAAGCGAAGUAGCAAUUCUGAGACAAGUUUGCCAUCCAAACAUAAUAAGCUUAAUUGCAGAACAAGAGACUGCCGAUCAACUGUUUUUAGUUAUGGAACUUGUUAAAGGUGGCGAUCUUUUUGACGCAAUUGCGGCUGCGACCAAAUUUUCCGAAGCGGAAGCUAGCGUGAUGAUUAGUCAUCUAACUUCUGCAUUGGCUUACUUGCAUUCGCAUCACAUCGUACAUCGUGAUGUCAAGCCGGAAAAUCUUUUGGUUGAGAUGGACGGCAGUCACAUCAGGUGCUUAAAACUGGGCGAUUUCGGACUCGCACAGGUCGUGCGUGAGCCCUUGUACACAGUCUGCGGUACACCCACUUAUGUGGCACCUGAAAUUCUCGCCGAAACUGGAUAUGGUUUGAAGAUUGACGUGUGGGCAGCCGGAGUAAUCCUGUACAUUCUUUUAUGCGGUUUUCCUCCCUUCGUAUCGCUGGAGAACGAGCAGGAGGAAUUGUUCGAGCGUAUAUUGAGUGGCCAGUAUGAAUUCACAUGGCCGUAUUGGGAAAAUAUAUCAGAUUCCGCGAAGCAACUGAUCUCGAACAUGUUGCAGCCACAGCCAGAGCUGCGUUUCAGCGCCGAGGACGUUCUGGACCAUCCAUGGCUCGCGCAGAGCUUUCUAGGAGGCGAGCAGACCGCAGCAACAACCACCGACGCACCGGCGGAGCAAUACUGGAAUCAGCAGUGUAAGCCGAUAAAGCUGGCCACUUUCGAAUUCGACUUCAAGAAGCAGCGCGGUCAACGGCAGAAUGACAACGCCAAGACGAGAUCCGAGUGGAAGGACGGCUUGAUUGCGCUCGAUCCUCUUAAUAUUCAAAGAAAACCGGAUAAGCAGGAUAGCGACGAGACUGACUUCGCUAAUGGCAAUCACAGCGAGGCCAACGAUUCUUCUGUAUUCUUCAGUGUUGAUUAUUUGAAGGAUAUCAACAACCUCAGUCAAUCGAUGCACGAUCUGAUAGACAAGCUGAAUGACAACCGAAUCCCUCGACGUCGUCUUAUGUCGCGAAGCGCCGCCUCAUCGCGCAACAGCAUUCCGGAGGAUCUGAACGCGUGCUAUCGCAGCGACUCGCCACUUCAUUGCGACGAGGUUAUCGAAAAGGCUGCUACAACUCCGAGGAAUCAUCGUGGAGAUCAGAAGAACGGGAACUUGUCGAGAAAAUCAAAUUGCAGCGACUCCAAUUACGACACGUUUAAGGUGCCGAGUAAAAUAAUCGCUGCGAAACAACAGACUAAAAGCGUUCGACCGAACUUCAAUGACGAGAGCAGAUUCGACAGUGACGACUUUCGCAAUAGCAACGCAACCGUGUCGACGUCGAGCGACAGUCUGGCCGCCGACAGUUCGACCGGCAAUGACAUCGAAACGUCCGACAGCUUCGUGAACAUUCAAUUCGCGCAAUUGGCACGCGGACAAAAAUCGAGCUCGACGCAGAGUAUGGAGUCAACGGACAGCUUCGAGAACGUGAGCUUUCGGUAUCCGAAUCGGAACAACUGUUUCGCGGAUCGUACCCCGCAAAUCUCUUCCAAGUUAGCGAUCAAUCAAGAUCGGAAGAAAUCUGCCACAAAAAUACUGCAAGCCCAUCCGAUUACCGCGUUGAACGCGAAAUCUAAAUUGGAUAAUCAGCCUGAAAAAAGAAACUAUAGCAAUUCGAGGGAAACGAAUAAGUGUGCGAAGAACGAACUGGUAAAGUUGCGACACAUUAACAAGAAAAAUCAAGUUGACUCAAGAAACAUUAAGAGCAAUAAGAGAUACAGUUGCUUUUCCGCGUACGCGGCGAAAAAGUCGCCUGAAGAGAUCGGUGAUAAAGUCGCAACGCGGAAGUUCAGUUCGACGGACGAAUUGCGCGACGAGGUGAGACACACACCGUCGACGAGGACAAAACGAUUUAGUUUGUAUUACACACCGCAACCGUUGAGGAAGACGUACGAGGGCGAAGCGAAGACAGGAAAGGUUACAUCCAAGCCGAUAAGUCGCGUUCAAAAGUUGGACACGAACAAAGCAAAGGAUGGCGAAGAAACGCAAAAGACAGACAGAAUUGGAGAUAAGAGCCGGAGAUCGGUAAUGGACGCCUCGACGAUUGCCAGCAGAAGCAAGUCCAACAGGCAGAGCAUUCACGCAAAGCCGAACGUUGUUGUGAACAGGACGAAGUGAUGACAGGUGAGAGUGUGCGGGUGAUCGAUCUGCGCUAGAACAACACGGGUCCAGGAACUAACACACGAGCGUUAGAUUUCGAUUUGCGUAGUGCGUCGGUUAACGCUCCCGGUGAAACAAAGUCUCCUCGAAGACUAGUCUCAGUCCGAUGUGCAUGUUGAAGAAAGUUUCGCGUCGCUUUAGAUUUUACCGCAUCUGGAAUAGCAUCUGCGAAAUGAACUCCAACAUUUUGCGAAAAAAAAAAAAACUAUUAAAUAUUGGAAAAAAAUGAUUAUUCAAAAAUAUGUCGAUGUCGAGACUUAAAUUCUAAAAAAAACAGCGUUGAAUCAUCAAAUAGAGCAAAGUGUGUAAAACUUUUUUAACGCAUGUGCAUUUUUCAUAGAAUGAUUUUGUUAUUGAGGAUCAAUACCCGUUUCCACUAUCUCCGAUUAACUUAAUCGAUUGAUUAAUAUCGUAUCUGUCGAUUGGCUGAAAUAACCAAUCGCGGUUGACUAAUAAUCGAUCAAGUCAAUUUGGAGAUGAAGGUAGAAACGGAUAUAAAUAGCUAAAAACAAAAACAAAAAGAGACCAAAGACAGAUAUAUAUAUAUAUAUAUAUAUAUACAUAUAUACAUAUAUAUAAUCGCGCGCACACACACACACACACACACACACACUAGAACUUGUGAGAGUUUUAAGAAAACUAACAAAGACCGGCUUUAAAAAUACAAUACCUGCAAAACGAGUAGUAUUAACGGUUAGAGAAUGUUAAGGAGGAUCUGAUCUAGCAAUUGAUACCGGUUGAGAAAUUCGUCUGUUUUUUAGACACAUUAUCCGUAAAAAUAUACUAUACAUAGUUUAAGCUAUUUAACAAGAGUUAAUGUAAACCGAUGUUGAUGUAACCGGUUCUGUGCGUGUCGUGCAGGAUUGGAUUGUGACAGCAGCACUCUGGAACAAGCUUCAAAGUAAGAACAAAACAUGCCAAAUGCAUUUAAAGUAGGUUAUUUUGUAACUUAUGUCUAUACAUAUAUAUAUAUAUAUAUAUAUGAGUCUAGCUGUAGAUAAAAAGCGCAAGUAGAUGAAAUAUUCGAUCAACUCUUUUUCCGUGAUGCAAAAGCUAUUUUAACAGAACUCGUGUUAAUAUAGCGGUUAUUUUUUUAGUGCUAAUGCUUGCUUGUAUUUAUUACUUGCGGAGAGAUCUCGUUUUUAAAUUAAUGAAACAAAUUCGCGUGAGAUAAGAAGACGUGUGAUGGUUUUUUUUUUUUUUUUAUAUAGACUGAUAUCUUCUUGGAAAGCGGGAGAGCGCUCAACUAGAAGAAACUAGGACAGUUAAUAUGUAUAUUUUGUUUGUUUGUUUGUUUUUCCGCGAAGACGCGAGUUAUUGACAAAUUUAGCGAUUGGUAUUUUAAUAGAGGUGUCGGAUAUUCGAAAGUACGGAUCGAGUCGGACGGGAUCCCGAAAGUUUGUUGAACACAAAUUUGUUCGGAAAACCCGUAUUUUCGGGAAAAAAAAAACACUUGGAAGCGUUCCAAAUUAAAAAAAUUUAAGAUCGGUAGGAAAAGUCACGUCCCAAAUCGAGUAUCGGAUCCCAAGUCGAAUUUCGAGUUCCAAAUCGAGAAUUUCAUCCCGAAAAUACGGGUACCCGGGACCAAAUUUACGUGUACGGCAAACUUUCGAGAUCCCGUUUGAUACGACCCGUUAAUUACCCGAUAAUUACUCGAUCUGAGGCUCGGGCACUUGUAUUUUCGAGUAUCCGCACACCUCUGGCACUUAACGCAACAAGAGAGACGAGGAGGAGCGCCGAGUUGUUGAGCGAUUUUGAGAGACGUCGGAUAAGAGUAAUAACAAACAACUUGCUCAAGAUAGGGGCGAGAAGAAAACAAUUUAUUUUUAUAAACAAAAAAAAAUGGAUUGCGGAAUCGUGUACUAGCAAUAAAAAAUGCGACGACUGAAAAUUGAUGAACAGUGAUGUGUAUGCGCUGCAAUAGAAAAAAGACAGACUGUGACUGUUAUUGAAAAUUUAUUUUUGUAAGUGGCCGCGGGUUCGGCAGAACUUUCAGCGUCUCGUCGUGCUUAUUGUCUGCAAUUGGUUUAUUCUCUCACUGGAUCUUUCUUGCAAAAGUUUGUGGCACCAAUGGCGAGCAAUAAUCAGGACGUGCUCAUUUCCGCGCUCGAUUCUGCCGAAUCGCGGCCAGUGUUGGUAAAGCGAGAAGACACAAUACGUUUACGUUGAUACAAAUAACACGUCGUUUUUUUUUACUUUUUAACUUUUGCUUCGUACGUUUCACUCCUGCUGCGAUAGAGAGAGAAAGAGAGAGAGAGAGAGAGAAAGAGAGGGGAGAAAAAAUAUUAGAUACAUACGUUUUGCUUUCAAACAGACGUGAAACGAAUAUAUUCAAGGUUUGGGAAAUUGUGUGAAGUCAGAAGCGUAUGUGCGUUCUUUGUGCAGAUAAUAUCAAUGUGUGUAGACAAAUAUAAUUAAAUAUUAACAAUAUAUGCGCAAUAUAAUUUCUCCUUGUUAAGAAAAAUCAAAAGAUUUGCUUCGCCAUCGCUUUGAUAUCGCGUCGAUUGUGAAAAAAAAAAAAAAAAAACAAAAAAAACAAACAAUAUUUCUUCAAUUCAGCAUCUCAUCGAGUUAUCUCAACUGUUUCUCAUUGCGCGC